CUCCCCGCGUGGGUGCCGUGUCUGCGCGGUUGCACAUUGGAUCCGCCUUGCGUGGGAAGUAGAUGGUCAUUGGGUUUUAAACAUUAUUCAAAGAUGACGAAAACCCAAAGAGUGGGCAAUCAGCUGCCUAACAAUUUACCUCAGUUGCAGAACUUGAUCAAAAGGGAUCAUGAAAGCUAUCAAGAAGAGUUUGCUCAGCAGUGGCGGCACUACCAGUCAACCCUGCAAGUCUUCCGGCUGCAGCCUGACCAGUACAGCCAGAACUUGGAUGAGCUCACAAUGUUUGUGGCACAGGUGGCCCACUGCUACCCGCAGACAGUGUCUGCAUACCCCCAGGAGCUGAUGGACACCCUGCGCCAGUACAGCACCGUCAUCGACGCUGAUAUGCGGAUGACGUUCUGCAAGGCGCUCAUCCUGCUGCGCAACAAGAACCUGCUGGCGCCGACGGCCCUGCUGGAGCUAUUCUUCGAGCUGCUGCGCUGCCAGGACAAGGGGCUGCGGGACUUCCUGCAGGGCCACAUCGUCAGCGACAUCAAGAAUGUCAACGCCAAGCGCAAGAACAUGAAGCUGAACACGACUCUGCAGAACUUCAUGUACGGUAUGCUGCGUGACAGCCACGUCAAGGCAGCCAAGAUCGCCAUGGAUGUUAUGAUCGACCUCUACAAGAAAGGCGUGUGGAACGACCAGAAAACCGUCAACGUCAUCACAACGGCACUCUUCUCUAAAACCACCAAGGUGAUGGUGACGGCGCUGAAGUUCUUCCUGGGCAAGGAUGAGGAUGAGGAGUCUUCUGACAGCGAGUCCGAGGACGAGACAACUGCGGCCAAAGCUGUGAUUUCUUCGUCGAACUUCGGGAGAAAGACCAGAAAAAAGAAGAAAUCACUGGAGAAAGCCAGGGCGUUGACAAAGAAAUCUAAGAAGAAGAAAAAGACUGGCGAGUCGUUCAACUUCUCGGCGCUGCACCUGGUCAACGACGCCCAGGGCCUGGCCGAGCGGCUCUACAAGAAGAUGGAGUCGCUCAACGAGCGCUACGAGGUGAAGCUGAUGAUGAUGGGUCUGAUCGCUCGUCUGGUGGGCAUCCACGAACUCUUCCUCUUCAACUUCUACCCGUACCUGCAGCGCUUCUUGCAGCCACACCAGCGAGACGUGACCAGGAUCCUGCAGUACGCCGCCCAGGCGUCUCACGUGCUGGUGCCGCCGGACGUGGUGCAGCCUAUGCUGAUGACGAUCGCCAACAACUUCGUCACAGAGCGCAACUCGUCCGAGGUCAUCACGGUGGGGAUCAACGCCAUCCGCGAGGUCUGCAUGCGCUGUCCGCUGGCGAUGGGGGAGGACCUGUUGCAGGACCUGGCCCAGUACAAGAAGUACCGUGACAAGAACGUCAUGAUGGCAGCUCGCUCGCUCAUCCAGCACUACCGACACACGCACCCCGAGCUGCUGCACAGGAAGGACAGGGGCCGGCCAACAGAGGCCACUGGCGAGCUGGAGCGGCCGGCGUACGGCGCUGUGAGCGCGCGGGACUACAUCCCUGGUGCCGAGGUGCUGGAUCCGGAGCAGCCGACCGCCGACGACGGCCGCGGCCAGGAGGACGAGGACUCGGACGGCUGGGUGAACGUCUCGGACGUUGAGCCAGAGGAAGACGAGGCUGAAGAGGCUGCCGCUGAGUUGGGCGAAGAGCACGCUGCCGACGAGGAGCCGGAGUCGGACGAGGAGUCCGACGAGGCCGGGGGCGAGGAGGAGGAUGAUGACGAGGAGGAGGAGGAAGAGACCGGCGACGAGGACGCUGAUGAGACGGAGUCUGCCCCGGGGCAGCGAUCCAGGACGUCAUCAGCGGGUGACAGCAAGGUACUGACUAUCUACCGAGGAUGUACCAGCAGUCAUUAG